GGGCAGGACAGGAAAAACUAAACCGACAACCCUCUGGGGAAGACAGAGGACAUGAAAUUUAGCUAGGAGACAGAGCUAUAGCAGACAAGAGAACUCACUUCUGCCGGCGUGGAUCUGUGAUUUUUGUGAGCUGCUACAUCUGAAUGGAAGAUUCAUUUCAACAAUCUCAGAUUUAAGGCAGCAACAUGGCCAAUUUUGGGGGGCACGCCAUCCCUGGCUCUUUCUUCCUGCUGUUUGGCUUUUGGCACACGGUCAAGCACAUUCUUCAUCAAUAUUGGAGGACCAGUCAGCCCAAAGGACGCCAGCUACCGCCAUCUUUCUUCAGAAAGAUGGACUACUGUGAAGGAGGAAUGCAGCUAUUUGCUUCAUUUGUCGGUAUCAUGGUGGAACAGUUCGUGGUGGACGGCCCACAUGCUCGUCUUUACGACAGCGAGGCAAAAGCUUGGGUGAAGCUGAUGAACUGGCAGCACAGCACCAUGUACCUGUUUUUUGGAAUUUCCGGCAUCGCUUUGCUUGUCCGCACGGCGUCAAAGCGGGUGCCGGUUGGUGUGGACCGCCUGGCUCUGUCCUUGGCACUCUUUGUUGAAGGGUUCCUCUUCUACUACCACAUCCACAAUCGACCUCCGCUUGACGCCCACAUCCACUCACUGCUGCUGGUGGCAGUGUUCAGUGGGAGUGCCAGCAAGAUGCUGGAGGUCUUCAUGAGAAACCACAUCAUUUUGGAACUCCUGGGGUCAGGCUUCUUUAUCCUUCAAGGAUCUUGGUUCUACCAGAUUGGGUUUGUUCUUUACCCAUUAAGUGGACCGGAGUGGGAUUUAAAUGCACAUAACAACAUCAUGUUUGUCACCAUGUGUUUCUGCUGGCAUAUGGCCGUGGCGAUAAUCCUUGUUACCGGCACUUCCUCUGUGGUUUGGUUCACUGUGAAACGCUUUUCACCGCAAGGCAGAGAUGUGGAGAUUGGAAUGAGAAACACAUCAUCAGACUCACGGAAGGCUCUGCUUGAAGCAUCUGAAGAGGAGUGACGUUUCUGCUGCAGAUUUUGUUCUGCAUCACAUAGAAUUUGUACAUAAUGUAUUUUAUAAAAAAAAAAAAAAAAGUGAAGUGAUCAUUGACAGAUAAAUAUCAUGCACUGUGAUUCCACCUUCAUUCAAUAUCAUUUCUCAUCAUGUCUAAACAUUGUUGAAAUAUUUCCAAAUAAAAUCUGAUGAUCUCUUUGAA